AUGGAGGGAUGCUGGGUGAUGGAGGCAGCCAAUGGUUCCAAGGAUGGCCUGAAUUUCAAUCCCAUGAAGGAGUACAUGAUUCUGAGUGGUCCCCAAAAGAUAGCUGUUGCAGUGCUGUGCACCCUUCUGGGCCUGCUGAGCGCCCUGGAGAACCUGGCCAUUCUCUAUCUGAUCCUGGCCAACCACCGGCUCCGCAGGAAGCCCUCCUACCUGUUCAUAGGCAGCUUGGCUGCAGCUGACUUCCUGGCCAGUGUGGUCUUUGCCUGCAACUUUGUAAAUUUCCACGUCUUCCAUGGCAUGGAUUCCAAGGCUGUCUUCCUGCUAAAAAUUGGCAGCGUGACCAUGACUUUCACAGCCUCUGUGGGCAGCCUGCUGCUGACCGCCAUUGACCGCUACCUCUGUCUGUGCUACCCACCUGCAUACAAAGCUCUACUCACCCAUGGGAGGGCACUAGCAGCUCUGGGCAUCAUGUGGGUCCUCUCAGCAUUCGUCUCCUACCUGCCCCUCAUGGGAUGGACUUGCUGUCCCAGUCUCUGCUCUCAGCUUUUCCCACUGAUCCCCAAUGACUAUCUGCUGGGUUGGCUCCUGUUCAUCGCCGUUCUCUUCUCUGGCAUCAUCUACACCUAUGGGCACAUCCUCUGGAAGGCCCAUCAGCAUGUAGCCAGCUUGGCUGAACACCAGGACAGGCAGGUGCCAGGAAUGUCUUGGAUGAGGCUGGAUGUGAAGUUGGCCAAGACCCUGGCACUGGUGCUGGCUGUGCUCUUCAUAUGCUGGUUCCCAGUACUGGCCCUCAUGGCCCACAGCCUGACCACCACGCUAAGUGACCAGAUCAAGAAGGUCUUCGCCUUCUGCUCCAUGCUGUGCCUUGUCAACUCCAUGGUCAACCCUGUCAUCUAUGCCCUGCGAAGUGGGGAGAUCCGCUCCUCUGCCCACCAUUGCCUGGCCUGCUGGAAGAAGUGCCUGAGGGGCCUCAGGCCUGAGGGAAAAGAAGAAGCCCCAAGGUCCUCAGUCACCGAGACAGAGGCUGAUGUGAAAAUCACCUCAUGA